AUGCUCACUGAUGAGCUAAACACUGCAGAAUCUCGUCGUCUUCUCAAGAUCGUUGAUGACAUGAGAGAAAUAUUACAUUAUGAGAAAAUUUCUCUUCCUCAUAUUGUUGUUGUUGGCGAUCAAUCAGUAGGUAAAUCAUCUGUUCUCGAAGCACUAAGUGGGGUCCAAUUGCCACGAGCACAAAAUAUUUGCACUCGAUGUCCACUCGAAUUACGCAUGAAAAAUAUUCGAUUGAAUGAGAAAGAGUAUGCUACUAUUCGAUGUGAAGGUGUACCUGAGAUCAGAGUCAACAACUUUUCUGAGAUCAUGAGCAAGGUAACAGAUUGUACAGUACGAUUGGCAGGUGCAGGACUUAACGUUUCAUCAAAGCCUAUUUACUUAACGGUAUAUAAGAAAGAUAUCCAAGCAGAUUUGACAUUGAUUGAUUUACCAGGUAUUACUCGUAAUCCAGUUGGUGGACAAUCGAAAACUAUUUAUAAAGAUAUAGUUGAACUUAUUGAAAAUUAUAUUAAACCAGAAACAGCUAUUGUCUUGCAUGUAAUUCCUUCAUCUGUCGAUUUUACAACCUCAGAAUCGAUUCAACUUGCAAAAAAGAAUGAUCCACAGUGUGAACGACAAUUGAUUGCUGUAUCAAAAAUUGAUAAAUUUGAUAAAGGUAUUGGUGAGAAACUUCAAGGUAUUGGACCAGGCUCAAUGACAUUAAAACUUGGUUGUGUAGCUGUCCUUAAUCGUACACAAGAAGAAAUAGAUCAAAAUAUUCCAUUUGAUGAAAUGCGACGACGAGAAGAAAAAUUUUUUCGUUCCAAUAAAGCUUUUGAAGAUGUACCAGAGCGAUAUCUUGGCAGUGGGCAAUUAGUCAAACGACUUGCUUUAAUUCAACAAGAACGCAUUCGUUCAACUCUUCCUUCAAUAAUAGAUAAACUUAAACAAGAAAUCAAGUCAAAGAAAUCUGAAUUGAAACAAAUGCCACCACCGGUUACUUCUGAAAUUGAUUGUUGGGCAUUGUAUACAGAUUUAAUUAAAAAAUAUCGUGAAAUCAUUAAUGCACGUGUUCAUGGCAUAUACGAUAAUGAGAUGCAAUUGAAAAUUGAACAAUCAGCCAUUGUAACAACUGAUUUAUCAAGAACAGCUAUUCUUACACAAACGUCUAAUGAUCAGUUUGAUGAACGUAUUGCCUUUCAACUAUAUAAUCGACAAAAAGAAUAUAGAGAAAAACUAAAAAAUUCUUUCACCCAUUUCUUUUCAUCAGAAUAUCAAAAACUCGUAUUAAAACUACUUGAAGAAAAUGCUGGUGUUGCUUUACCUAAUUUUCCAUCAUUUAGCAUCAUUGAACGACUUUAUCGUGUUGAACAAAACAAAUUUCGAAAACCGUGUAAAGAGCUAAUUGAAUCGUAUACUGAAUAUACGAAAAAAGUGUUGAUUAAAAUAUUAAAUCAAGUUUUUGCUGAAGAAACAAGCUAUAAAUAUCAAAUAAUACACAAAUUAACGGAUAUCAUUUUACGUACUAUCGAUGAAAAUGAAGAACAAUGCAGUAAUGACAUAAAAAAGAUGCUUGAAAUUGAACAACGUGUAUUUACACUUAAUCAUUAUUACAUGGAUACAGUCAACAAAAUCAAAAAAAAAUAUCAAGAAUAUAAUGAUAGUCUUAAAUUAAGUAAGUUUCACUUCUAUACAUAAAAUGUAUGCAUAUCAACUAUCGGUUUUCUUUUUUAGAUGGAAAUACGAAGGUUUCACCAACAUUUACUAUCAAUGAUUUUGUAAUAGAUGUGAGUGG